GAGGAAAGUGGAAGUAGAGUUUGGUCUUGUUAGUAUUUAGGCAGAUUAAGGGGAAAAAGCCUUUUGGAAGCACUUCAAGCCAAAGAACAAAAACUACUCUGGUGCUCAAAAUGCUGCAAAAGCCUACAAAGUUCAAAUGAAGCUACUGAAAGGAGAAAUAGCAUAUAUUCAAAGUAAAGCAAGUCUGUGUCCCUGAGUUCAGGCUUUGCUAGUUCCUUCUUACAGAUACAUCAAUCCUAGACUGUGCUUUCCACACACUGUACUGGAUUGUGGGUCAACUGAAGGAUCAAUAACGUACCUGGUGAAAAGUGGCUGAUGAGUAAAUAGGAAAGGACUUCGCCUUUAGAAAAAAGACAGGAACAUAAGUCAUUUUAGGUGACUCAGUGAUUGCAUCAGCCCCAACCUUGGAUGGCAGCCAGAUGUUGUAGAGUUCUCCAAUGGAAAGGCUGGUAUUUUUGGUGAGCUUUUGUUCGCUGUUGUCCAAUACACAGCAAGCACCAUCAUUUCUUAUUACUGCCCCAAAUGUGGUGCAUUUGGGUAUACAUGAGACAAUAACAGUUCAAGUCCAUGGAGCGCAGCACCCUGUGCAAGUUACUGCGUACUUCAAAGAUGAGACAAAAAGUCAGCUGCUCUCAGAGAGGGUCACCUUUAACCUUAAUGAAAAUAACAAUUACCAAGAGAUGAAAAAAAUAAUGGUCAAGCCAGGGACUCUGCAACAGGAUCUGUUCAAGAAGAAUAAGCGGCCAUAUAUUCUGCUAGUCACUGAAAGCAGGGAGCUUUAUAAGACCAUUCAAAGCACUCGCAUCCUCCUGUCUUCCAAGAAAGGCUACAUUUUUAUUCAGACAGAUAAGCCUAUAUACACACCAAAUUCCAAAGUAAGGUACAGGAUCUUCAUUCUGGACAAUGCUAUGAGGCCAACAGAUGACACAGUUACAGUUGCUGUGCUAAAUUCAAAAGGAAUGGUAGUUAAAAAGUCAGACCGGAAAAUAAAAACAGCAUUCAGUGAAAACUUUGAAAUACCUGACAUUGCCGAGCCUGGAACUUGGAAAAUCAAAGCCUGGUUUCAUCGAUAUGAAAUGUCUAAUGUUUCUGCUGAAUUUGAAGUUAAACCUUAUGAACUUCCAUCUUUUGAAGUCAAACUCAUCCCACUUCAGCCAUACUACCACAUCUCGAAUGAAAACUUCGUGUUUGAUAUCGAGGCAAAACACUCUUAUGGGAAAGGGAUUCAAGGUGCUGCGUAUGUGCGAUUUGGCAUAAUUGAUGAAAAUGAGAAAAAAGUCUUUCUUCCAGGCCUGGAACAACAGCUAUCAAUUCAAAAUGGAGAAGGAAGAGUUACUUUAAACACACCACUUCUGGAAGAGAAAUUAAAAAAGAGUAUUUCCACUCUGGAAGGUUUUCAUUUAUAUGUUGCCGUUACUGCUGUAGAAACUGCAAGUGGUGAGAUAAGGGAAGAGGAACUCAGCAAUGUGAAGUUUGUGAGAUCACCUUAUGUUGUUGAUCUGGCUAACACCAAAAAGUAUUUUGUGCCCGGAGCCCCCUUCUCUGUUGUGGCAUCUGUCACUUUGAUUGAUGGGUCUCCUGCUGCCUCUCUACCUGUCACUGCUACUGUUACUUUACCUGGAAAAUCCCCAAUGAAGACAACUGCACUUUCUAAUAAGGAGGGUCUAGUCUCUCUUACAUUUGACAUCCCUGGAGAUGCUCAGAUGCUUCAAAUAAUGGUAAAGGCUGAAGAGGGAAAAGAAAAAUUAGAAUCACCUGAAACCAGAAUCAGAGCUGAAAGAUACCAGUCUGCUUCCCUGAACUACCUCAGCAUCAGCAUCCCACAUACUGUCGUGGCACCUGGAGAUACCUUACGCAUCACCUUGAAUGAUAUUCAUCAGUCUGGCAGUGGAAAGAUUGACUAUUUCUAUUAUAUGGUUGUGGCAAAGGGACAAACUGAGCUUUUGGGAAGAGUCCGCUCCUCAAACAAAAUAAUAAACCUUAAAAUCACUGAGAAGAUGGUGCCUGCCUUUCGCUUUUUAGCUUACUACUUCAUUGCAAACGAGGGCCGUCAAGAGAUUGUUGCUGAUUCCGUAUGGGUGGACGUUAUGGAUGUCUGUGAAGGAAAGAUUAAAGUAAGAACAGAACAAGAGAUGUAUGGACCAACAGAGAGCAUCAAUUUACUGAUUGACACCGACCAUGCAGGAACAGUUGCCUUAGCUGUGGUUGAUAAAGCAGUUCUUAUUCUGAACAAGAAAAAUAAGCUUACAGCCAAAAAAGUAUUUAAUGCUAUGAAUUCUUAUGAUCUUGGAUGUUCUGUUGGUGGUGGCGCAGAUAGUGUUCAAGUUUUUACUGACGUUGGUCUGGCCUUUUUAUCAGAUACAAUUAAAUCCAACGCUCGGGAAAGCUAUAAAUGUCUCCAGGUUGGCAGAAGGCAGAAAAGAACGCUGGAUUUUCAGAAGAAAAUGUCAGGAAUUGCCAGCAAAUAUCAAAACACUGAUCUGCAAAAAUGCUGUGAAGAUGGAAUGAAAUUAAUUCCCAUGAAGUUUUCUUGUGCAAAAAGGCUAGCAAAAGUUGCUGGCUCCCCCGAAUGCAGAAAUGCCUUCCAGGACUGCUGUGAGAAAGCCACAGCCCUCAGGAAGGCGACAAAGCGGAGGAUCAGAGUGGGCUUGGCACGAUACUAUGAUGACCACGAAGAAAUGUUUGAUGACCUCUCUGUCAGCUUGCGCAGUUAUUUUCCUGAGAGCUGGUGGUGGAAUUUUGAAGAAGUGAAAAACCCUGGAACCUAUAGUGUACAAAACUUUGCUCCUGACUCUAUAACUACCUGGGAAGUCCAAGCAAUAAGCAUAUCUCCCCAAAAAGGAUUUUGCAUAGCUGACCCCCACACCUUUGCAGUUUUCAAAGACUUUUUUGUAUCCCUGAGAUUACCAUACUCGGUCAGACGACACGAACAACUAGAAAUAAAAGCAGUGGUUUACAACUAUCUGCCCAACGAUCUCCAGGUUACAGUGACAAUGGAUGCAGUGAAGGGGCUGUGCACCGCAGAGGCAAUGGAGAGGGCUGUGCAGCUGACUCUGGUGGCUAAGGGGAACUCUGCAACACCAGCCUACUUCUCGGUUGUGCCCCUGACUGUGGGAGAAAUUCCAAUUACUAUUUCUGCUUUUGACACAGUUUCUAGGCACAGUGAUAGCAUUAGGAAGAACCUCAAUGUUUUGGCUGAAGGUGUUUUACAAAGAGAAGAACAGACCAUUUGCAUUAACGGUGGCUUAGAGUCCCAUACACUGGACCUGAACAAACCAUCUGAUAUGAUACCAGGUUCUGAGAGUCACGUUUUUGUUAGCCUGAAAGGGAAUAUUAUGGAUGAGCCUAUUGAAAAUUGUCUUAGUCUCACUGGAGUUGAGAAACUUAUUCAAGUGCCCACAGGCUGUGCAGAACAAACAAUGGUGAAAAUGGCCCCUGCAGUCUACGCUAUUGAGUACUUGGACGCCAGUGAUCAGUGGGUGAACUUUAAUUCUGAACGGAAGGAGGAAGCCAUUAGCAUGAUUGGAAAAGGUUAUACUAGACUGCUUGAGUUUCAGAAGGUGGAUGGCUCCUAUGGAGCGUUUAAAAAAACCCCCAGUAGUGUAUGGUUAACUGCAUUCAUUGUUAAAGUACUCACAAGGUGCAGAGAAUACAUUAGUGUCCAAGACAGUCACUUACACAGCUCGAUUUCCUACUUGAUUAAUCAACAGCAGGCAGAUGAUUCAUUCCACGAUCAUCACCCAGUCUUGGACAGGACUAUGCAGGGUGGCAUUAAGUCAGCAACAGAGGAUUUGGCUUUGACAGCCUUUGUAACUAUAGCAUUGCAACAGACUCUACAGGUCUACAAGUCACCUGAUGUGGUGCAAGUGGUUAGAAGAGCAGUGGCUUACAUGAAAAGUCAACUUUCAAGAAAUACUGACUGCUAUUCUACAGUCAUCACUGCUUAUGCUCUGACACUUGUACAGUCUGAUAGUGAAGAAGCCCAGUCUGCGAAAGAAAAAUUAAGGGGCUGUUCUGUUUUUGAUGCAGCAAAGCAGCAGCGCUACUGGGGAAAUGGCAACGACGCAUUGUCAGUGGAAACCACUGCCUAUGCAUUGCUUCAAACUUUGCUCCUGAAAGACAUCGAGUAUGCAAGGCCUAUUGCUACAUGGCUGACGGAAAGAAGGAACUACGGUGGAGGAUACUGCUCUACACAGGACACAGUGGUGGCCCUAGAAGCAAUGUCAGCCUACAGCAUACAGACAUUGAACACUGCUUCCACCAACCUGACUGUAAAACUGGGAACACCUGGAAGACAAAAAGACUACAGUAUUACUCUGACUGAUACUAAUGAAGUGAUUCAGAAGCAGCUAGAGUUUGAACUUGGGAGAAAACUUGAAGUAUCUGUACACGGCAGAGGAAAUGGGACAAUGAGUGUAUUAAAAGUGUACUGGUCGUCUGAGCUGAAGAACAACACAUGUAAUGAUUUGUUUUUGACAGUGGAAAUGGAAGGGAGCAUUAAGUACUCUGAACCUGUAUACUCUGAUGAAAACUAUGAUUAUGAGGACUUGACUGCUGCAGAAGACAGCUCAUUUGAGCCACUGUCUGAAAUAGAGUGGUUUGAUAUCCACAGCAGAAGGAAAAGGGAUGUGAUCUCUCACAGUAAAGCAGAAUCACUGCAGUACAAAAUCUGUGUCAGGUCCACAGGUUCCAAUGCACCAAAGAUGUCCCUGGUUGAUCUCUCUCUGUUGAGUGGGUUGGAGCCUGACACAAGGGAUCUUGAACAGUUGGUGAUGUCUUCAGACCAGUACAUUCAGCACUAUGAAUACAAGGAAGGAAAGGUUUUGCUCUACUUUGGAGAGCUCACAAGCGGACCAGACCCAGAUUGUAUAUCAUUUGGGGCAAAGCAAAUCAAUCCCAUGGGCUUGGUUCAGCCAGCAAAUGCCAUCCUUUAUGAUUUUUACAACCCUGACAGAAAGUGCAGUGUGUUCUACAGUGCUCCCAAGCACAGCAACAUGCUUUCAAAGAUGUGCCACGCCAGUGUUUGCCAGUGUGCAGAAGGUCCCUGCCCAAGACUAAGAUCAACCUUCAGUAAAGCCGUAACACAAACCAUACGCUCCAGUUUUGCCUGCUACGACCCUAUGGCAGAUUAUGUGUAUGAGGUGGAGCUCCUCAACAGCACACAGAAGAAUGUUUUUGAUUACUAUCUGACCAAAAUCCACAGAAUCCUUAAAGCCACUACUGAUGAAAGCGUCCAAGUGGGUGCCCACCGACAGUUCCUAACACGCUCCACAUGCAAGUUAAACAUGGUUGCUGGCAAACGAUACCUCAUCAUGGGGAAAGAUGGGCAAACGGUUGACUGCAACAACAAGAUGCAGUACUUCCUUGAUGCACAAACCUGGAUCGAGAAAAUUCCAGACAACAACGAGUGCCGCACCACCCUGCACCGGCACGCCUGUGCUCACCUGCAGGACUUCAUGAACAUGCCUGACAACCUGUGCUUCUUCUGAACAAUUGCUCUGCUCCCCACAUCCUCUCUGGGUGACUGAGACUCAGCUCCUUCCUAAAUUUUUCCUGCAAAGCCUGUACAUCACAGUGGCGCCUGAAAGAUUGUAGAGCUGCUUCUUUCUGUUGCUCUUUGUUUUGCUGAAUGGGGUAUCUUGUAGAUGUAUGGGGGUGGGGGGGGAAGUGUAAUACAACAAAAAUUGCAGUUACUCUACUACUUAUUGCGUUUAUUGUCCCUGCCACUGGUGAAGAGAGAGCAGGAAUUUCUGUCUCCCUGAUCCAUGAUACAACAGUGCAAUUAUCCUGCAGGGGAUCAAAGGGAAAAUCAGUUGUGCUUGUAGAGCUGAUUAAUUCCUGCAGUCAUUGUCACUGGACAUUAAAGAGGCCAAGAAAUUUGCAUGGGUUAGAAAGAAGACCAGACAUUCACGGGUUUACCAAGUAUAGCCUGUGUUACACUGUUACUGAAAGAAAAGAGAUACCGACACUCAUGCUUUAGCACAUCAGUUAAUUUCUGAUUUUAACUGUGAGUCCUCAUGUAGGGAAUGAGCAACCCCACUUGUACCGCAGCAGGAUUCCCAUACGCACUUCUCAAGCUGGAACUGGAACUGGCCCAGCAUCAGGGAUGGGCAACUGGGCUGGAUGUGUCCUCUGCCUGAGCCAGGAGUCCGGCGCCUGAGCCAGGAGUCCUGCAUGGGCUAGUUAGUGCUGGUAGCUCACUGAGGGCACAGAACUGCUUUUUAAUUGUACUUUGUAAUCACAUGUCUUUCAAGCUUUUCUUUUUUUUUAGACUCUAAUUAAUUUGCAUUACUUUAAAAAAAAAAAACCUGACACGA